AGGGGCCUCGCGCGGCGUUUGCUCGCCAGUGCUCAUGAGGCCAUCGAUCCUCGCAUCACUCCCUGCCAUGUGGAUGCUGAAAAAGGCGAGCCAGAUAUCAGUUCGGACGACCAAGUCAAGAAUGAGAAGUUCUUGGCUUCUCAGCAUACCACGACUGCAGACGAAACGAUUUACGUGGACUUUGACAAUGAUGACCCACAUAACCCAGCCAACUUCUCACAUAAGCGCAAAUGGGCAAUCACUUUUGCGGCUUCAUUCUUCUCAAUCGCGGCUGCUUCUACGUCAGGCGCGUAUGCCCUCGGCCUUCCAUCCAUGACGCGCGACCUCAACGCGACCCAGUACGAGGCGAUCAUCGGCCUAUCCAUGUUCACGCUCGGGUUCGGCCUCGUUCCCCUCCUCUUGACGUCCUUCAGCGAAGAGUUCGGCCGCCAGCCCAUUUACCUCGUCAGUGGUAUCGGCUGUGUGGUAUUCCACAUCAUGACCGGGCUCGCGCAUAAUAUACAGACUGUCAUUAUUGGUCGCUUUCUCUGUGGCGCCUUUGCGUCAACGGCGUCCGCCAUGGUCGGUGGGACCAUCGCCGACAUUUGGGCGCCAUCUGAACGUGGGCUCCCAAUGUCGCUCUUCGCAACAAUGGUGCUCUCAGGCCCAGGCGUAGGCUGUGUCGCCGCGGGUUGGAUCGAGCAGAACCCACAUCUAGAGUGGCGCUGGAUCCAGUACAUCCAUGCAAUGUACCUGGAACGGCCUGUUCUUGCUCAUGGUCCGACGCUCAUGAAGGAGACGCGUUCGGGUGUGCUUCUCAUGCGCCUCGCGCGCAAGCUGCGCGCUCAGACCGGUAACUCUCGCUACCGCGCACGUAUCGAGGACGAGCGCGCAAGCCUGCGCACGCUCAUUUACAUUUCCUGUACACGCCCAAUGUACCUGCUGUUCACAGAGCCUGUCGUUGCGGCGUUCAGCCUUUGGGCGGGCUUCGCGUGGGGCAUCCUCUAUGUGCUCAUCGAAUCGAUUGGACCCGCAUUCCGCACGAUCCACAACUUCAACCAGGGCGAAGUGGGCACGGUGUUUGUCGCGAUGAUCGUGGGCUGCCUGGCGGGCGAGCUCCUGCAGAUCUAUCAAGAGAAGCUAUACGCGCGAUACCACCCGUCCAAGGGUCCGGAAGCGCGACUGUUCAGCGCGUGUCUCGCGGCUGUCCUUUCCCCCGCCGGGAUGUUCAUCUACGGCUGGUGCACCUCCCCGUCCGUCCCAUGGAUAGGCAUGGUCAUGGGCAUCUUUGUGAUCAUGAUGGCACUGUUUAUCAUUUACGUCGCUGUCUUCACGUACCUCGCGGAUUGGCACGUUUCCUCCGCCGACGCCUGCGUGCGCAUUGACGACCAUUACGGGCCCUUCGCCUCGUCCGCUCUCGCGGGCCAAAGUCUAUCGCGCAAUAUGAUGGGCACCAUAUUCCCGCUGUUCACCACGCAGCUGUUCGACGCCGUCGGGUACCCAUGGGGCACGUCGCUAUUCGCCUUCAUCGGCGUCGUCAUGAUUCCGAUACCAUUCGUGCUGCUUUGGAAGGGCCCUGCGAUUCGCGCCCGGAGCAAGUUCGCGUCGCAGGUAGUACAUACACCCUAG